AUGACGGAAAAACGAGAAUUCGCGGCGUUUCCGUACAAGCCAUACUCCAUCCAAGUGGAUUUCAUGAAUGCGCUCUACCAGUUUCUCGACAAGGGAGGCGUUUCCAUGCUCGAAAGCCCCACAGGGACUGGAAAAUCUCUAAGCAUUAUCUGCAGUUCCCUACAGUGGCUGCUUGACCGUAAGGAGAAAGGACCUUCAGGAUUCACUGAUUCCGACAAGCUUGAUGGAAACGACGACGAACCUGAUUGGAUGAGAAAUUUUACUGUCGAUGAUAAAGCCCAUGAUGAUGACAAGACCAUCAAGCACAGCAAAUCCCCAUUUCGUCUCAAGAAGCAUUCUAAGGAAAAAGUUCCCCAACUUCUCUCGGAUUCGGAUUCUGUAAGCAAACAGGAGGCUGAGUUAAACGAUGGAGAGUUUCUGUUGGAAGACUACGAAAGUGAAGAGGAAUCAUCUUCAAAGAGAAAACACGCCGCAGGUUUUGACAGCUCAUCAGAGGAUGAGGAUGAUGACAAGGAAUGCUCAGAUGACGAACAAGGAGGGCUACAGGUUUUCUUUUGCAGCCGAACACAUUCCCAGCUUUCCCAAUUUGUCAAGGAGUUGAGGAAGACUGUGUUUGCCCACAAAAUCAAAGUUGUGUGUCUAGGCUCCCGAAACAACAUGUGCAUCAAUCAAGAUGUUCUUAAGCUUGGAAAUGCGGCCCGAAUCAACGAGAGGUGCUUGGAUUUGCAAAAGAAGAAGAAAUCUCAACCCUCUAAAAAGAAGAAUUUCGGUACAAAUGUAAGGGUAGGACGAACCAAAGCAGCUUCUUGCAGAUGCCCAAUGCUUAAAAAACAUAAACUGCAGAGAGAAUUUAAGGCUGAGAUUUUUCAACAAGAAGCCAUGGACAUUGAGGAUCUUGUUCAGCUUGGACGAGACAUGACGACUUGUCCCUACUAUGGUUCUAGAAGAACUGCCCCAGCUGCUGAUCUUGUUAUCCUUCCAUAUCAGUCUCUUCUCUCAAAGUCGUCACGAGAGUCUCUUGGCCUAAGCUUGAAAAACAGUGUUGUCAUUAUAGACGAGGCUCACAAUUUGGCUGACACUCUUCUCACUAUGCACGAUGCUAAAAUAACUAUGUCACAGUUGGAGGAUGUACAUUGCAGCAUUGAGAAUUGUCUGGCAAGAUUCCAGAAUCUACUGGGAGCUGGAAACCGUAGAUAUAUCCAAACUCUCUUGAUUCUCAUUCGAGCUCUCCUCAAACCUCUUGCCAGUGAUAGGAAUCUGAAUAAUACAGGAAAUCCCUCUGGGUGUUGUUCCAUGGCAAUUUACGACUUUUUGUUUUCUCUGAGUAUAGACAAUAUCAAUGUGGUUAAGUUACUCGCCUAUAUAAAGGAAAGCAAUAUCAUUCAUAAGGUCUGUGGAUAUGGAGACAGAGUUGCUAUGUUGCAAAAAGAUGCAGUGUCCCAUGAGGAAACGAGCAAGUUAUCAAGUUUUAGAGCCUUCUCUGGUAUGUUGGUUGCACUCACUCAUAACAAUGGUGAUGGGCGAAUAAUAAUCUCAAAGAUGAGUUCGUCGACCUCUGACCAACAAGGAGGGUACAUUAAGUAUGUCAUGCUCACUGGAGCCAAGUUAUUUUCAGAGGUGGUGGAGGAAGCUCACGCUGUCAUAUUGGCCGGUGGGACUCUUCAGCCUAUAGAAGAGACAAGGGAAAGACUCUUUCCAUGGAUACCAUCAAAUCAGCUGCAAUUCUUCUCAUGUAGUCACAUUGUUCCCCCUGAGAGCAUCAUGCCAAUCGCAGUUUCACAUGGUCCGUCUGGUCAGUCUUUUGACUUUAGCCACAGUUCAAGAAGCUCAGCAGCAAUGAUACAGGAGUUAGGACUGUUAAUGAGUAACCUAGUGGCAGUGGUUCCUGAAGGAGUAAUCGUCUUCUUCUCUUCGUUUGAGUAUGAAACACAGGUGCACACAGCGUGGAGUAAGUCAGGGAUACUCAGUAGAAUAAUGAAGAAGAAGCGUGUGUUGAGAGAACCGAGAAGGAACACAGAAGUAGAAGGUGUUCUGAGAGAGUACAAGGAAGCAAUAGAAAAGGAAAGAGGGGCAAUCAUGCUAGCUGUGGUUGGUGGGAAGGUGUCAGAAGGAAUAAACUUCAGCGAUGGCAUGUGUCGGUGUGUGGUGAUGGUUGGUCUGCCGUAUCCCAGCCCGUCUGACAUAGAGUUGUUAGAGAGAAUAAAGCAUAUAGAAGGUUUUGGAGUUUCAGAUUCCGCAAAACCUUGUCUGACUUUGGUUGACGAUUCUUACUACAGUGGAGAUGUUCGAGCAGGGUUUGACGUUUUAAGGUCCUGCAAACGAAGAGGGAAAGAGUACUAUGAAAAUCUGUGUAUGAAAGCAGUUAACCAAUCAAUCGGUAGGGCAAUCAGGCACGAAAAGGACUAUGCAGCCAUAUUACUGGUAGAUGCUCGAUACUCCAAUGAUCCAUCAAAAAGAACAUCUCAUUCCCAUCCAUCCAGCAAGCUCCCAAAGUGGAUCAAAGAUGGUCUUAUUUAUUCCACCAAAGGUUACGGAGACGUUCACAGACUCUUGCACCAAUUCUUUAAACAUAAAAAAUCAUCCUAA